UCGUUCCCAGCCCGAAGGAGGUUGUUCCGCAGCCAAGUUGAUAUAUGCCUUCACAUAUCACAACCGCAGUGGACUGCUCGUAGCAGCGCGUGUCUUAGCGUUCAACGCGUCAGCGAGUCGCUUCCCCAACGGGAUCCCUCGCUGACUGUGCGCGCGGAAUUCAGUUUUACUCUCCGUUCUUCCUUUCGACGCGCCACAGAAGUGUCGAAGCGUCGAAGUGAGGCGUUUCUCACUGCCUAAGCUGGACAAGAGCGAUCAUGGGCGCGGAGGGCGUUAGCGCCGGGGGUGCUCACGGCGGGCCGCGCGCCGGGGAAGGCGAGGGCGCGGCGGACGCGUUUCGCGUGGUGAUUGUCGGCGCGGGGCCGGCGGGCCUGGUGCUGGCGAAUCUUCUGCUGACACGUGGCGGCGGCAGGUUUCACGUCAGCGUGAUCGAGAAGGGCGAGGAUCCGCGCGCGGAGGUGGAAGAGGCGGCGGAGAUCGCGCGCGGGAGGGGAAGUGAAGUCAAGGCGACGCCCUCAGGGGUGCAGCGCGUGAUGGUGAAUCCACAUGAGAUGGUCAUGCCUGCAUUCGGCCGCCUGCUCAGGUUCCCAAUUCCCAAGGACCCUCCUCAAGGCCUUGUUUCCCGCACAGACCUGUGCGGGGCUCUCCUUGAAGCGCUUCUUGAGACAGCUACUAAGGGGGACAAGAAUGAGGCAGCAGUGGGCUCAAAUCGUGAUGAGGAAAAGGAGGAUGGGGAGAAGGCGCGUGUGGUGCAACAGAAGCACCUGAAGCAGCACCUGAGCAGACACCUGGCGGUGUACUUCGAGUCGAGGGUUGUUGAUGUGGAUAUGAAGAGGCAUGUGGUCACAGCUGCUGUGCCAUGCGGCAGUGGCAGUGGCAGUGGCAGUGAGGGCAGCAGCAGCAGUGAAGGUAACAACAGCACUGGAGGGAGCAGCAAUGGCAGUAGCAGCAGCAGCAGGGGCGACAGCAGCAUUGAUGCUGGUGGAAUCGGCCUUAAGACCGUCCAGCUCAAAUACGACCUUCUGGUGGGGGCAGAUGGCGUCCGUUCCUAUGUGCGCAACCUCCUGGCCUCCCAAACGUGGGACUUCCCCAUGCACACUGACCGUGUGUACCACGACUGGACCGUUGUCAAUGUGCCCGUGCCGCCCGCCCUCACUCCCACCUCGCUCUUCUUUGCCGCCAAGGUCCCCAACACCCAGGGCAUUGGCACUGUAGCAAUGCCUCUCGUGAGCGGUGAGCAUUGUCUGGUGUGGGGGUGGAAGUCCACGGACCCCCCCCUGGACUGGCUCUCCCUGCCGUCCGCCGCUGCCGCCAAGCAGUACCUCGAUGACCGCCUGCCCUGGCUGGACGUCCCUGAGGAUGCUGCCUGGAAGCUGCUGAAGCAGAAACCACGCACCAACAUGCAGGUGAAGUGCUGGCGGUAUCAUGACACUGCUGCGCAGGUGGCUCUCAUAGGCGAUGCCGCCCACUCCACUCUUCCCUCCCUGGGGCAGGGCUGCAACGCCUCCAUCACAGACGCCCUUGUGCUGGGCAGGCUGCUGUUGGGGGAGGCUGUAUCUGAGCAGGACAGGGUUCCCCACCCGCUCGGCAAGCAGGGGGGCGUAUCCAGCGGAGAGGGGGAUGGGCUGGCGUCCGGUGGUGGUGAUAGUGGUGGUGGGUGCCAGGUGGAGCCACCAGAGCCAGAGAAGCUGAGAGCGGCGCUUCCAGAUAUUCUCUCCACUUAUUCGGCGCUCCAGGUUGUAGAAGGACAUGCACUGGUGGAUCUUUCAGAUGCUGCAGCGCCCGUCAGCGCCUUCUACACUUUCCUAUUCACGAUGGAUCUUGUUAUCCGCUCCAUAUUGUGCAAGCUGCUUCCGUGGUUUGUCUCUCAGCCCAUCCAAGGCCUCUGUGGCAACACCACACUGCCGUACUCCUCCAUCCUCGGCAAAUUCAGGGGCUUUGUGUCCCGCGUUGUGAGAGCCAACGCUGCUCAGCGCUGGGAUUGGGUGGUUCAGCGAUACAAGAAAACCAUCCCGCGGAGGUGAUGCAUUAUAGACGAUACCAUUGUGCAUUUGUAGUUUACCGCAUUUGUUUUUUAAAUACAUUUAUCUGUAUGUA